AUGACUAUCUUCAAGAAACAGAAAAUCAACGAUCUUUUCUAUGAAGACGACAGAAUAACAGAAGACAUACUAGCCUGGCUAGAACAAAAUAACAAAACUGCCUCCGUCAUAUUUCCAAAAAUUUUCGCACGACAAAACCUUCCACGAUACGCAAUCUUCAUCGCAUUUCUAUACAGAUACGGUAUCGGUAUCGACAAGGACGUAUAUGAGGCGUUCAAAUGGUACAAAAGAUCUGCGGACAGUGGUGACGUACUCGGACUCAACGAGCUAGGAUAUUGUUACCGAAAUGGUUGCGGGACAAUGAAAGACGAUAAUAAAGCUUUUGAAUGUUACCUGAGGUCCGGGGAAGGCGGGAACGCAUUUGGACAACGGAACACUGGAUUUUGUUAUUAUCAUCAGGUUGGGACAGAUGCUAAUUACGAGUUAGCUGUUAAAUGGUUUCGUAAAGCAGCCGAGGCAGGGCAUCAUGGUGGACAGUUUGAUCUGGGAUUUUGUUAUACGUAUGGUAUCGGCUCAUCAAGAGUUGAGACGAGAAAAGGAUUUUAUUGGUGGGAGAAGGCGGCGGUUGCAGAUUGUCCGAGUGCUCAGGCUAGUCUUGGCCAAUGUUUUCAAUGUGGAAUUGGGACUGUGAAGGAUUUGCAUGAGGCUAUUCUCCAGGAAAAUGAUAAAUGUCACAAUAAAGACAAAAAGGAGAUUGAAGAGAAUGAAGACGACAAAAUCGGAGUCAACAAAUUAUCUUUAGCCAAUGAAGUCUUGAACAUUGUAAACGAAGACAACGACAAUUUACUAGACGACGAGACAAUUGUUGUGCAUGUCAAUAACUGGUUAUCGCAAAAUAAAUAUGACCCUAAAGAGAUUUUUCGAAUUAUAAGAAGUCAGCGCUCACGGAUUGAAUAUUCGAUCCUGCUGGGGUUCAUGUAUCGUUGGGGCAUUGGGAUAGAAAUUGAUGAAAUACGUGCAUUUGCAUAUUAUAAUAAGGCGGCAGAAGCUGGCAUCCCUCUAGGCCUCUCAGAAGUCGGCUACUGCUUUCUAAAUGGAAAAGGUGUCUACCGUGACGAAGAAAAAGCCUUCAGCUAUUUCUUACGCGCAGCAGGACUUGGUAACGGUUUCGCACAAUGCAGCAUUGCAUUCUGCUACGACCAAGGAAUCGGUGUCGAACGUGACUACUACAAAGCAUUAGAGUGGUACAUAAAAUCCGCAACAGCUGGCAAUGCUAUUGCACAACACGAUCUCGCUGAUUGUUAUUAUCGCGGUUUAGGAACUCCAGUUAAUCAGGUUUUGGCGUUGCAUUGGUAUGGGCGAUCCGCGGAAAAAGGGCUCGCAAGGGGAAUAUACAAAGUUGGAAGUCAUUAUCAGGAAGGGUUGGGUACCGUGCAGGAUUUACAUGAAGCUAUUAAGUGGUAUCGGAGGUCGCAUCAAGCGGGGGAGACUUAUGCUAUAUAUAGUUUGAGGCUGUUGUUUGCUCAUAUGAAGAAUAAUGAUGAAUUAUAG